AUGGAGCACACAUCUUUCCGAGGCGGAGACCGCCUAACAUACUCACAAAUGCGACAGCAACCCCUACCUAGGGACACCUUCUUCAGCCUCAAGAAUGAUUCUCAACUACUAGAUCGACCAAUUUCAGUGGCAACCGAGUUUGUGGACACGGACUGGGAAGAAGAGGAUGAAAUCAUUAGCGAUGAGGAGGACAACUCGCCUCGUAUAAGUCUGCAGUCGGCUGGACAACCUAGUUUCACAACAGUUUCUUCCUACGAUGAGGUUCCGACGCCAAGAUCGAGUAGAAGCCAAGAAGUUCCACUUGAUUAUUCCCUAAAGCAGGUCGAAGGCCCUCGAGGGCCUCACCUUUUUCGGAACUCGACGGACCAAUACUCUGCCACCGAAGAAGACAUCAUUUUGACAUUAUCGCCCAUCACUCCCAAGGGACCUCGGAACAUUGCGGACUUUCUCAUGACAUCCCAACCACCACCGCCCCGAGCCAGUCCUUUCCAGUACACUGAUGCGGAACUGGACACGACAACUCUGGCAUCAUGGUCCACCGAGAUGGUUGCGCAGGCUAUGCUCAAUGCUGGCGUUGAGCUGUCCGUGGCAGAUCGAUUUAUGGAGAAUGAUAUCAGCGGUGCAAUUCUGAUAACGCUUAAGUUUGAAGAUCUCAAGGAGCUUAACAUCCAAUCGUUUGGCAUCAGGACUAAAGUUUGGCAUCAAAUCCAAGCUCUCAGAGAUAGCAGACCUGCAUCGCCUCGCCCGGAAACACCAAUUGAAGACGUUCCAAGUAAGGAAGUUGUCAGAGAAGCGCGUAGAGGGGAAGAAGGUGGUCUUAAGCGUCGCCAGAGCAGCAAGCGACGUCAUCGUGCAAGGACAAAUGGAGACGAUAUUACUCCCAUGGAGUCAGUGUCUAUCAUCGGUAUUGAACAAGUUAUCCCAAAACCUCAUCAUUGUUCCAAGGGGGAGAACUGUUCCAAGUUCAGAAAGCAACAGCAGCUUAUCAGGGCAUUCAAGAAAGAAUAUCCACAUGUGGAUAUCAACGCCACCGGCACCGUCAUGGUUGGAGAUGCUGGCAACCCAGAGACGGCCAAAGCAUUGGACCCUAACAAGGUCCGUCCAGUAUCGGACGCUGUACCUUCUGUUGUCGCCUCCUCGGAUGUCAUGGGUCCUGGCAUGCCUCCUCUUCAGUACCUUUACGAGGCAUCUCUCCGUGGCGUUCAGUCAAGAGAUCCUCAAGAUAAUGUCAGGCAAUUCCUUAGCUUCCAACACCAACAGCAGGGAGACUGCAGCGCCGAGGUGCCUCCCACACCUCCGUUUGAUGGUAUGCCAACGGCACAGGCCCAGCUUCCUCACCAAGGUCUGCGCCGACUCCCUAAACUGUCCAUUCCUGGGAAGCCCCAGCUUCCCCCGUCCCGUCUUGGUGCUUCUUCAGUGCCUCCCCCCCAGAAGAAGCCCACGCAGUCAUUUGCCCAACAUCAACAGCAAUUGCAACAGCAACAGCAACAGCAACAGCAACAGCAGCCCGCCUUUGUCCCUUACCAGAUGGAGAAGACCAGCCCUCGAUCUCCUGAUCUGGAGAUGACACCUAGGAACAGCUUCCGCCAUGGUACGCCAUUCUCGGAACUUGAUGUUCCCAUUACAGCUGUGCCCAUUGGCCCAGUAGCUCGAGAUUUCUCCCAAUCUGUGCCGCCUGACAUGAACUACCGCACAUCCCCAACUAACAAUGUCUCCCCUCCUCGCUGCCAGUCUCGCACUUCAGCCCGCCGCCCAUCUUUCCCUGUGAUGCCUGCUCUGGAGGAGAACAAGCCUGUCCUUGUUAGCCGCCCUUCCCAGGGAUCCUCCUCACCCAAGUCCCCACGAGGUUCACGAUCUCAGCAGCCUCUUCAGCCACCCCCCCGUGACAACUUGCCCUUUUCCCGUGGUCACCUCAAUGGCUCUGAGAAGGUCCUGGCACCAACGAUCACGCCUCUUGGGGCCAGGGGCAAGUCUCCCUCCGCCGACCCUGCCAAUGGUAUCAGCCACCAAGGCCCCAUGAAGAAGCGCAAGACAAAGAUGCUUCGGCAUGAGUGGCAGGACGGUUACUUUACUCUGAAGGGUACCCGUCUCAAUAUGCACAAGGAUGCCGAAGAGCUCGGCCGGACCCUUGAGUAUGUGGACAUUGACGAUUACGCAAUUGCCUGCUCAAGUGUUGCAUCCUCUUCAAAGCUCACUGCUGCUUUCAAGACGAUGCAUCUUUCUCGUGGAAGCCACAGCCGCGAGAAGAGUGACCCUGUUGGUGCCUUUGCUUUCCAGCUCAUCCCUCAGGAGAAGAACACUGCCCGCCUUCGGAAGCGUGAGAGCCACCUUCAACCUGCCGGCGCCAUUCCCGCAGAAGGUGUUAAUGGCACAGGCAAGACGCAUCAUUUUGCUGUCAAGAAUCGAGAUGACCGCAUCGACUGGAUGCGAGAGCUUAUGCUCGCAAAGGCGCUCAGACAAAAGGGCGAGGGGUUUGAGAUCAGCGUUAACGGAAACAUGAUCUAA